AUGAACUCUCGCGAGCCGUCAGAUUUGCCUCCGGCGUCUUCCUAUCCCGCCGCCCAAGGUGCCAUGUACUACGGUGGCCGCCAGCUUACUGCAGAUGAGAUUCUGACCGCUGAAUUAUCGCGCGAUGCUGCCAGUAAUAAUCUUGCCGACGGCUCAACUAAUGAUCAACAACACAAUAAUGCCUUCCCUUUCCCUCCCAACCAGCAGGUCGGCGUUGAUCCGAAUCAUGAUCUGAGCUAUGGCGACCAAAGUGCUCGUCGCAAACGAUCCAAGGUCUCCCGGGCCUGUGAUGAAUGUAGGCGCAAGAAGGUUCGCUGCGAUGCUACCUCAGAGUCUGGAGUUGAAACGUGCUCCAAUUGUCGUCGUCUCGAAGUUGCAUGCCAAUUCAGUCGCGUCCCAAUGAAGAGAGGGCCUAGUAAAGGGUAUAUCAAAGAACUGGCAGAGCGAUUGAAUACUCUAGAGUCUCAAAUGCAACCACCGAUGACCCACCAAGAUAUGCAAUAUCAAGGCAUGAGUGAGAUAUCGCCUCCGCGAGGGUACCAUGAAUUUUCUCCUCCGAUCGAUACGAACCUACUUGGUCGGAAACGGACAUUUUCCAUGAGUGAAGGCAUUCAUGGGCUACCCUUGCCUCAGUCAACAUUUGCGCCUCGUGGUCAGCCGUCAGUUGGAGAAACCGCUGUGAAUCUUCCGGAGAGCUAUCCUCUGUUCAAUAUUCAUCAAACGCAAAGUAAACUGUCCGCCCCAUACUGGACCGACAGUCUUGAUCGCGAUCAGGACCUUACAGCGAAUGCGUUGCCCGUUGACGCAGUUAUUGGAGCUCUGUCUCAACCCGCAAAUGAUGCUACAAAACCUUACAUAGUCGAUGAAGGAGCACUCAGGACGUAUGUUAUUCCAACUUCGCAUUCUGGCUACGAGACAACCCUAAUCUUUGCGCGCAGGUAUUAUGAGAAGAUCCACCCCAUUCUCCCGAUACUUCCAGACUCGAAGGACCGAUUCUUGGCUAUACUCCAUAAAUGCAGCAGAUCACUACAGGAGGUCUUUUCAUAUGCCUUCUACUCUGUAACUCACACAAACAUUGAUCGUGUUCAUGCCACUUUCAGUGAGGUUGCUUCUCUUGAUGCCGCUCUCGACCUGGUGUCGACGCAUCUUCGUGACCCAUAUACUCUCCGCACGCUCCCGGUGAAUCUGAUCUGGGUUCAGACUCUGUGUUUUCUAGUCAUUGACUGCGAUACGCGAGGACCUGACAAUCUACACGGAAGAAAUGGCUAUCCAAAGCAGACGCUUGUCGAUCAUCUCGCGUCUCUGGCUUACAGAAUAGCUAAGCCAUUCGACCAGAUCCGUGAUCCAUUCCCUGAUUUUCAAGAUGCAGAUUCUGAUGCGAGCAUUGCUCGUCGUGACUGGUUUUCUGCGAGCGUCUUGUGUCGAUGGCACCAUGUCGGCAUGGGCGAGCGUGAUAUAAUGGAGGACGAUCUCCAGGAUAUCAAUCUGCCCUCGGACUAUUCUUUUAUGGGCCCAGCAGCUGUUCAACUUGCUUCAUAUUCAAGUGAAUUAUCCGCCGCUCUGCGUAUCGUUGAAAUAGAUCAUGAUUCACUGUCCCUCAAUUCAAGGUUCAAAAAAGCUUCUCGUUCACUACUUUUCCACAUGCUCAAAGUCGUACUGGGCCAUGAACAACGUCUCGGCAACACCGAUCCAACACUCAUUCCCGCCGGCUAUCUUGAAGCUCUCGGCCCACAGGUCUAUUGGACCGUCAACCUCUACAUCACUCGCUUCCUCUACAUAUUCGCACCAUACGAAGUCAUCCACUCAGCCGAAGCCCUAGUGAAAGAGAUGCACAAAGACCUUGUUGCGACAACCCGAAUUUCCUCACCCAUUGACAUUUAUUCUCUAUCUCUAGCUACCCUCACUUUACUAGAAGCGUCGAAACUACCGCUUUGCGCCGAGUUCUGCUGGAAAGUUCUCGGCAACAUUGAACAAAUCCUCGAUCGUCGCGCACAAGCCACUGCCACGGCAGGCGAGUUUGAAGAUCUAUUCAGCACCUCACAAUGGGACCGUCAACUGCGGGCAUGGAUUGAGGUGGAAAAAUCGCAGCAUAACCACAGUCUCAAUAAUUACCAAAACCAAAAUCAAACCCAGAACCAACACCCCCAUCAACCUAUCGACUCAGAUAUCGUCGACCGUCAGGACAAUCCGUCUUCUAGUAACAACAUUAAUCCCACUAUUCCUGCUUCUGCCGGUAAUGAUAACAAUCCUUCCUCCUCCUCUUCCUCUUCAUCAAAUCAACCCCUCGUUGGACCUAAUGAGCAACGAUCUCUCCAACAUCUCGCUGACCUCGCAGUCGGAGCCGAAGGCGUCGCAGCUUCAGGAAGCGGAGGUGUUACUGGCGGAGGCGAUGAUACCGGUGGGCCGCAAACAUCAGGAUCCGGGGGCAUGGUCGUAUCAAACGACGAAGCUAAUAAUUCUGGCGGUGUCGGCGUCGGAACUCAAGGAGGUGUUGCGGUUGAUUUCAGCGUUGCGUUGCGGAGAGGUUUUAUGAAUGUUUUGAGUAUGACGCCCGGUGAUCGUCAUUAA